UUCGGGAAAAUACAUUUCAGGUCGAGUUCGCAUUUCAGUCUGUUGGUUCCAACGCUGUGUGGUUCUUGGCUAACCCGCACCGCAUGUGGCGGCGGAGGAUCCUCUCCCACAGCUCGCAGUGACCUUGCGGUCACGCGACGACCGCCAUGGCUCGCGGCGGCGGGACGAAGGGUGGACCUCUCGUGAAGCGUGGAUCGGACAGCAAAACUGCUGGUGGAAAGACACGUGGCGCCAGCAGCGGUAAAUCCAACCCCAAGGAUAGGGCACCAUCACGCAAAACAGCCGGUGGCGCGCAGCAUUCCAGCCGGCUAGCCAGCAGCAACCGCGGCCGAGGACGUGGGGGGCGGCAGUAGGACGGGAAGGCAAGGCCGGUGCGAAAGCUGCCAAGCCCGCGAAACCAGCGGUGGCGGCUGCGGCGGUGGAGGAGGAAGAGGUUGAGCUGUCCGACGACGACGUGGCAUUCUUCUCGAAGCACCAGAACUUCGCGCGCUUCUUGUCGGGCCUGGAGGAGCAGAAGCUGGGCAGUGAAUCCAAGGGAAGCAAGCCUAAACCUCCGAGACCGGAUCGUGCUGAGGAAGGAAGCGAUGCUGACAGGUGCGAGGAUGAUGGAGGAGAGGAGGAUAGUGAUGAUGAUGGAGAUGGAUUGGACGAAAGUGAUGACGUGGACGAAGAUGACGUGGAGGAGGACGUCACUGACGAGGAUGAGGAGCUAGCGGAGGAAGAGGAGGCGGACACUAACAGUGCAGAGGGCGUGCGGGUUCCCGGAGACGGAGAAGAAAUCGCUGCGGAAGAGGCGGAAGAGGCGGAAGAGGCGGAAGAGGCGGAAGAGGCGGAAGAGGCGGAAGAAGAGGAGGAGGAAGAGCAAGAGCUUGAGCCAGUGAUUUCCGAUGACGAGUUCGACGAUGAGGAUGACGAGGAAGAGGAGGAAGAGGAUGAGGAGGACGACGAUGAGUUCGAUGACGACGAGGACGAGGUGAUGGUUUUCGCCGACUCGUCCGCUGCAGGCCUUGGCGCUGGCCCGCUGAAAGGCGCUAAAGGCAAAAUGCGGGACGCACGGGGAGCGGACAAGGGGAAGGGCGGAGAGUCGGAGGACGAAGAGGCGGAGUACGAGCGCCAAGUCAGGCGCCCGGGAUGGGCCGUGGCUGCGGGGCCAGCGGGGAAAUUUGCCCCGAAACCCCGCGCUGCCCCUGCUGCAGCAGCAGCCGCGGAGGUGGUUGCGGCGGAAGGAACGCCAGAGGCGAAGGGGGAGAAGAGAGGUUCAAUGCGGGGUUUCGGGCUUAUUGCGGCGAGGGACAAGGGGGUGCUGGUGGAUGCUGUUGAUGCCCUGCCGGUUAAAACCCUUGACGGCCGGCUGAUGUAUCGUGCGAUCGAAGUGGCGGAAGGGGGAGAGGGAGAGGGAGGGGAUGAAGGGGAGCUAGCAGGUGGGGCGAGAGAGGAGAAAAAGAAGGGGAAGAAGGGGAAGGAGGAGGUGGAGGAAGAGGAGGUGAAGGGAGACGAGAAAGCGGAGGGAGGGGAGGGUGAGGAGGAGGAAGAGGAGGGUGGAAGGGUUGGAAGGAAAGGGAAGGAUGUAUCGAGGCUCACCCCACAAGAGCAAGCUAUGAUGGAGUUGGAGGAGGAGAUGUCGGUGGAGGAUCGGAGAGCAGCAGUGAAGAAGGCCAUAGCGAGGAUGAGCACGCAGAUCCUUGCAGACCCGGAGACGCACAUCGGCUUGCUGAAGUCGUUGCACAAACUGUGCUCUGACUCGGACUCGAUUGUGUCAAGCUUGGCCGUCUUGUCGCUAACGGCGGUGUUCAGAGAUAUUAUCCCUGGGUACCGCGUGCGCAUGCGCACGGAGAAGGAGAGGGCCAUGGUGAUGAGCAAGGACGUCAAGCGGCGCUGGCUCUUCGAGGAAGGGCUGCUGCACUCUUACCAGUCAUUCGUGACGCUUCUGCUGAAGUACGCCAAGCAAGCAGCGCGCCGAGCCGUGUCUGUGCGCGCCAUGUGCGGGCUGCUGCGGGCGGCGCCGCACUUCAACUGCCGCUCGGAGCUCAUCCGCGCGAUCAUUCCGCGCAUGGACCUGGCGGACGACGGCAUCAGUUCCCUGUGCUGCUCAACGAUAUCGGAGUUGAUGCGUGAGGACGGACGACACGACGGCGAGGCCACGGUGGAGGCGGCGGAGCUCGUAGCUGACUUCAUCCGCCAGCGCUGCUGCGUCACGCGCCCUCAGGUGCUGCUCGUCUUCCACCCCCUCGAGUUCGACGACGAUCUCCUGCAGUCCGCGGAAGGCCGCGGAGCCGGGGGCCCGCGGGGAGGCGCAGGGCGGAAAGCAACCUGGGGGGGCGGGGCGGGGGGAGCCGGGGGAGCGGCGGAAGGGGGCACGGAGGAGCAGCCGGGAAAGCCCAAGUCGAAGAAAGAGCGGAAGCUAGAGAAGCGGAAAGAAGCGGCGAGAAUGAAAAAGGAAGUAGAGGGGGAUUUCAGGGAGGCGCAAGCCGUUAGAGACGAGUCUACCCGGAAACAGCAGCAGGCGAGGGUUCUAGCCGCCGUGUUCGAAGCGCUUUUUAGAGUAGUUAAAGCCGCCGCCAUGCUCCACCAGCCCCGCCCCACUGAUGGGUCCGGCGCGCUCUCCCUCCCCCCGCGCCCGCUCCUCCCCUCCGCGCUUUACCUAGUUGGUCACUUCUCGCACAUGCUUUCGGUGGAAUAUCUUCCGGAUCUCCUCUCCACGCUGCGCCAGCUGGCUGCUGACGUGGCGACACCGUUGGAGGGGGACGAUGAUGACCUGGCGGGAGGGGAUGUGGUGACGUGGGAGGGGGGGAGGCGGAGGAGAUUAGGGUUGAGGUUGGAAGAUAGGCUCACGUGCUGCGUGGUGGCGCAGAGGGUGAUGAAGGCGAAUCUAGAUUCACUGAAUGUAGACAUGCGGGGGUUCGCGACGCUCGUGUAUCAGAUGGUUCUCGAAGCGCCGAUCGUUCCCGCGCAGAUCGCCCUCUCGUCAGAAACACCCUCGCUACACGCAUCCUCGUUAAAAGCAGCUCCGCCAAAAGCAUCCUCGUCGGAAGCGGACCCGUUAGAAGAAGAGAUCACGCCAGGGGGCGGCGCGAUAUCCUCGUUAGAAGCGGCCCUGGUGUCCGCGCUACAAGAAGUGUUCAUGUCGUCGGGUAACCGCCAGGCCGACAUGACUCGCGUCGCUGCGUUCGUCAAACGGCUCGCCGCUGCCGCCCUGCACUUAAGCGCCGCUGGCGCUGUUGCUGUGCUCCUAGUGGUGCGGCACCUGCUGCUGCGCUACCCCCGCUGCCGCGUCUUGCUGGACAAGGACCCGGAUGACGAUCUGCACGCAUCGGGGGGCGGCCUUGGCCCUUACGGCGGCCUAGCUCGCUACGACCCAGCAGCAUCCGAGCCCGAGCUAUCCGCCGCGCUCACUUCCUUCCUCUGGGAUCUCUCCCUGCUCGCCCGCCACUACCACCCGCACGUCGCCAGCCUGGCGCGCCACAUCAGCACCAUCGCCACGUCACCCGCCUCGGCCACCCCGGGCAGGCCAGCAAAGGGGUCGGCGGAUCCCUAUCUAAAGGGUCAGCCGCAGAAGCAGCAGCAGCAGCAGGAGGCAGGUGGUUCGUCAGGUGCUUUAUCAGGUGCCACUGACCUGCUGCUCCUUGCAGGCACAGUCAACAGCGGCAUGAACAGUGCUACGAACAGUAACAGUGUCGUGAACAGUAGCGUGAGCAACGUGCCUGUGGGGAUCAUAACGCCAUCCCAGGCGUACGCGGCUUAUAGUAGCGCCGUCACCGAGUCGUGCUUCCGGCCACCUGUCGCAACGCCAUUGGCCGUGAAAUCGGGCGCGGCCGGCGCCGCUGCUAGGAGGUGGCGGAAAGAGGUGGUGAUGGGUAGGGUGAGGCGGAAGAGGGGGAGAGAGGAGGGCGGAGGGGGGACGGGAGGGGAGGCAGGAGAGGAGGAGGAAGAGCAGGAGGUAGGGUGGGCACUGGGGGACUGGGCGAGGAGGGUGAGAGUUUCGUGCUGGCAGCAGUGGGGCGCUGCAAUGAAGGGCGGGGUCCCAGGGCGAAACACCAAGGGAGGGAAGAGUAAGAGAGGAAGGAAGGGGAUCACGAAGCAGCAGCCGCAGCAGCAGCAGCAGCAGCAGCAGCAGCAAGAAUCCGGAAAGCGGCAGCAGCGGAAACCAGUGGGGGAUGUGAGUGGGAUGGCACCAAAGCGGGCCAAGAAAGAGGCAGCGGCUGCUUGAGGGGGGAGGCCACCUGAAAAGGCAGCAUGCAGCCUUAUAAUGCCCUUGGCUUGCUUCUUUGCGUCUGCUGCUUACACCGCGGAACACUCUUUUCCGUGUUAUCUGUUCUUUCCGCAUGCAGCGUAAACGACUGUUGCAACAUAUAUUCUCGCUUGGAGCCAGGACAAAACAGAAGCCUUGUCAUUUGCCAACACAUUCAUAAGUACUGCAGCAAGGGUGGUAGGAUGUAUUGGAAGUUUAGUACUAGACCAUUAUGUUGCUAUUUGGUGAGCAGUCGUCUGAAUUUCUCGAAACAAGAAACUGCACACGCAAUGGACAUGCUAUCACUAGAGUGGAAGA